GUGGGGUCUUAGCAGGAGGACCGGGUUUCCUGCUGCUAGGGCUGGCUGCUUCUCCGGGGGGCUCUGACGUUGCAGGAUGUCCCCUGAAGUCACCUUGAACCGAAUCUCCCCGGCACUGUCCCCGUUCAUCUCCAGCGUGGUCAGGAAUGGAAAGGUCGGUCUGGACUCCACGAGCUGCCUGCGGAUAACGGACCUGAAAUCCGGCUGCACCUCCCUGACCCCCGGCCCCAGCUGUGAUCGCUUCAAACUCCACAUCCCGUAUGCCGGGGAGACCCUGAAAUGGGAUAUCAUGUUCAACGCUCAGUAUCCAGAAUUACCGCCGGAUUUCAUCUUUGGAGACGACGCCGAGUUCUUACCUGAACCUUCUGCUCUCCCGAGUCUGGCGGAGUGGGAUCCCUCGGACCCGGAGUGCCUCUUACAGGUGGUUAAGGAGCUGGUCCAGCAGUAUCACCAGUACCAGUGUAGGCGCCUGAAUGAAAGCUCGCGCCUCAUGUUUGAGUACCAGACUCUGCUGGAGGAGCCUCAGUAUGGCGGGAACAUGGAGAUCUACGCGGGGAAGAAGAAUAAUUGGACCGGAGAGUUUUCUGCUCGGUUUCUAUUGAAGCUUCCAGUGGACUUCAGUAACAUCCCCACCUACCUGCUGAAGGACGCUAAUGAGGACCCAGGAGAAGACGUCGCUUUGUUGUCCGUCAGCUUUGAGGACGCAGAAGCUACACAGGUGUUCCCCAAACUCUACCUGUCCCCCCGAGUAGAGCACGCUCUCGGGGGUUCCUCUGCUCUUCACAUCCCAGCCUUUCCAAGCGGCGGCUGCCUGAUCGACUACGUGCCUCAGAUCUGCCAGUUACUGACCAAUAAGGUGCAGUACGUCAUUCAGGGUUACCAUAAAAGAAGGGAGUACAUCGCUGCUUUUCUCAGCCAUUUUGGAACGGGGGUGGUGGAGUACGAUGCCGAGGGCUUCACAAAGCUCACCCUGUUGCUGACAUGGAAAGACUUCUGCUUCCUGGUGCACA